AUGUCUACAAAUACAGGGCGCGGCGAAGUCCCCCACUCCAACAUCAUCGGCAAGCGCUUUCGGGAUAUUGUCCUUGCAAAAACGGGCCACGAGUUCCGCGUCUACGAGCCAACGCUUGCAGAGUAUGUUCGAUUAACUCCGCGUGUAGUCACACCCAUAUACCCCGGCGAUGCGAAUAUCAUCGUCUCCCUCCUCGACAUACACGUUUCCCCUCCCUCCGAAUCUGAUGCGGAUACCUCACCGCUUGAGAUCCUCGAAGCUGGCACGGGACAUGGCGCCUUGACGCUCCAUCUCUCGCGCGCAAUUCACGCCGCGAACCCGGCACUACCGAAGCUACAAUCAACUUCCCCAGACCAUGGGGAGGUCGAAGAUUCAGCAAGGGAAGACGAAUCAGUUGUCGAGCUUAACAAUAUUAGCCUGGAGGCAUGGAAGCAACAACGUCGGGCCGUCAUCCACACCCUGGAUAUCUCCAAGGAGUUCCAGUCGCAUGCUCGCAAGAUCGUGCGCAACUUCCGGAAAGGGAUAUACGCCGGGAAUAUCGAUUUCCAUGUCGGCAAUGUCUCAGCGUGGGUUGCGUCUGAGAUGGAGGCCCGGAACAUAACAGAGCCAUUCUUGUCGCACAUCUUCCUCGACCUACCCUCAGCCGAUUCCCAUCUCGCGAAUGUAGCGCCUGCGCUUCAUGUUGAUGGCAUACUGGCUGUGUUCAAUCCAAGCAUUACGCAGAUUGCGGAAUGUGUUGAGAGUAUCCGCACCCAGAAGCUGCCGUAUGUGCUGGAUCAGGUCGUUGAACUUGGUGCUACAGCCACAAUGCGGCAGUGGGAUGUCAGGUCUGUUAGACCGCGUUCCGUCUUCAAGAAGGCAUCUUCGUCGCAGGCCAGCCAAAGUUCCGGAGAGACUUCGGAUGAGACGAGUCAAGAUGAGGCGGUCGAGGGGCAAGCUUCGAGAGAUGGGGAAGUCGAGGACAAUUUGGCUAAGCAGAAGUCGGACUACGCUAUGGUCUGUCGUCCGAAGGUUGGCGAGAGGGUAGUUGGCGGUGGCUUUCUUGGCCUUUGGAGACGCAUGCGGUCUUCUGGAGAAGAGUAG